GCCGUCGAGCUUCUCCUUGCUUGGAUCCCAGGCGAGAGAUCUGAGAAAAUGAUGCUCUCACGAGCAAAACCUGCUGUCAGUGGAGAGACACUACAGACGGAUAAAAAGAAGAAAAAAGGGAAAAAAAUUCCAAAGCUCGAGGAAUAUCUCACUGCCAGAGACUAUUCUGGGGCCCUAACUUUACUGGAGUUCAAACGGCAUCUGGGCGAGAAGGAGGAUGACAUUGACAUGUGGAUGGGAUACUGUGCGUUCCAUCUCGGAGAUUAUAGGAGGGCUAUGGAGGAAUAUGAAACUCUCACAAAGAAUGAAGACAUUCACCCAGAUGUUUGGGUGAAUCUGGCAUGUACUUUCUUUUUCCUGGGGAUGUACAAAGAAGCAGAGGAAGCUGCAAUGAAAGCUCCUAAGAGUCGAUUACAAAACCGCUUGUUAUUUCACCUGGCUCAUAAGUUCAGUGAUGAGAAGAGAUUGAUGAACUAUCACCAGAAUCUGCAGGACAUCACUGAAGAUCAGCUCAGUUUGGCUUCGAUCCACUAUAUGCGCUCUCAUUACCAGGAGGCCAUUGAUAUCUACAAGCGCAUCCUGCUCGAUAACCGGGAAUUUAUGGCCUUGAAUGUGUACGUGGCACUGUGCUACUAUAAACUGGAUUACUAUGAUGUUUCCCAGGAAGUCCUUGCCGUUUAUUUGCAACAUUAUCCUGACAGCACCAUUGCACUGAACCUGAAAGCCUGCAACCACUUCCGGCUCUAUAAUGGAAAGGCAGCAGAGGCAGAGCUGAAAAAUUUAAUGGACAUUGCUUCUCCUGUGUUUGAUUUUGCGAAAGAGCUCAUAAAGCACAACCUGGUGGUGUUCCGGGGUGGAGAGGGUGCCUUGCAGGUCCUCCCACCACUUAUUGAUGUCAUUCCUGAAGCCAGGCUCAACCUUGUCAUUUAUUACCUGCGACAAGAUGAUGUGCAAGAGGCUUAUAAUCUUAUCAAAGACCUGGAGCCCACAACACCUCAGGAAUAUAUUCUGAAAGGUGUGGUGAAUGCAGCUCUGGGACAGGAACAGGGCUCGAGGGAGCAUCUGAAGAUUGCACAGCAAUAUUUCCAGCUGGUAGGAGGAUCCGCCAGCGAAUGUGACACCAUCCCUGGUCGCCAGUGUAUGGCCUCCUGUUUUUUCCUACUGAAACAAUUUGAGGAUGUUUUAAUCUACCUAAACUCUGUCAAGAGUUACUUCUAUAAUGAUGACCUCUUUAACUUCAACUAUGCACAGGCGAAAGCAGCUGUUGGCAACUUCAAGGAAGCUGAGGAAGUAUUUCAGCUGAUUCAGAAUGAGAAACUGAAGAAUGACUACAUUUACCUCAGUUGGCUGGCCCGUUGCUAUGUCAUGAAUAAGAAACCACGUCUGGCAUGGGAGCUCUACCUGAAGAUGGAGACAUCUGGAGAGUCUUUCAGCCUCCUACAACUCUUGGCUAAUGACUGCUACAAGAUGGGACAGUUCUACUACGCUGCCAAAGCUUUUGAUGUCCUUGAGCGCCUGGAUCCAAAUCCGGAAUAUUGGGAGGGGAAGCGGGGAGCUUGUGUUGGUAUCUUCCAAAUGAUCCUUGCAGGCCGUGAACCAAAGGAGACCAUGCGGGAAGUUCUCCAUCUCCUCCGAAAUACUGGGAAUCCUCAGGUGGAAUACAUAAUCCGUACCUUAAAGAAAUGGGCCAAAGACAACCGAGUAGCCGUCUAAAUGUGGUGAGGGGACGGACGAGGAAUUAAUUAGACUGAAAUUCUUUGUUGAACUAAUGCUUUAAAUGGUUCAGUUCUGAUUUUCCCACUAAUCCAUGAGCCCCAACAAAGAGUUCAUACAAAGUGCAGUGUUACAAUGUGGCCCUCUGUGAGAAAACACUUGCUUUUUUACACUGGACUAAAAGUAAUUUAAAUUUAAAACCAUGCUUUCAAUAUGGUUUUUAAUUUCCACUUUUUACUCGUCCUCAUUCAGAGGAUAACGGAUGAAUCAAAUGUUUCAGCAUACAGGCUCAAUCAUACAGGCUCCAAUAUUAUUUUCCACACCCAUUAAUAUGCACAGAGAAAGGUUGCAGGUCAGCACAUGUGGGUUGCAUGGUUCUCAAGUAAAAGAGGGUUCAUAAAUUACAUUAAUAUUCUUCAUGGGAUUGUUGCUGCCAGCACCACUCCCUCCCCCGUCCAUCCAUUAAAGCAUGAACAGGAAGGUUUCAUCCAGAGCCACAGCACCAUUUGUGUUCUAAUCACUGAUUUCACUGCAUCUGUGUGUGAUAGGGCUGUGUGUGAGCCUGUGUUGCAGGAUGAGUAAGAUUAUCGUCUAAAACAAAUUGUGGCAGCAGAAUGUUUGCACCCGCACUGAUGUACGUGACUAUGGAGACCAGUUACAGAUUUUAGCACCUCCCCCAUCCACCACCUCCAUGGUUUCCCACCCACUAAAUUCACACUGGGAAGAAUAAGCAGAGGCAAGUCCAUGAAUCAGCAGGAACAGAUCUGAAAGGCAUCAAGCAACCCACAUGGUGUGCUCAAUCAUUUUCAGUUCAAGACAAGCACCAAUGUGGGGCUGGGAGCAGGAAGAUGCUCAGAGCUGGAAAAUAAUGUAUAGUGUGUUGUAACUAAAUAUGGUAGUGUGUUUUGUACUUGCCUUCCCUGGUGCCCUGUGCUGUAAAGUGUGCAUGUGUGGAAUAGUCUGCAGACAUCGUUCAAGCCAUGCAUGUAAAAACUGGUUAUUUGUGUGAGGCACCAGGGUGUGUGUCUUGUGGCUGAGGGACCUCAGGGAAAAUACUGUCCCAAGACAUUCUGUUUAAAACAAUAUUUAUCAAUUAGUUUUAUGUUUCUUUUACAGACACUACAGUUAUGUUACAGUUCUUUCUCAUGUAUUUACCUAC